AUGGCGGCAAGUGCGUGGGGUGUGCGCACGUCGCCGAUGCCGCUAUUGGCGCGGCCGAGCUUCGAGUCACAGUCGAGGAGAGAGAAUUACCUGCACAUGGCUGGGGGUGUGCCCCGGGAAAUCCCAUCUCUGCGGGACGGACGUGGUCCUUUGUGCUUCUCUUGCAGCUGCACCGGCGACAGCGGGGGCGGAGGCGGAGAUAGUGUGAGGAGCAGCUACAAGGAUUGGGACUGGAACCGGUGGAACCGCCAUUUUUCAGAGAUUGAUGAUGCCGAGAACUUCUUGUCGGUUCUUAAGGUACAUGCUAUCUUAAUUAUGGAAGGAAUCGAAUUUGAUUUCGAGUUUUUUUCGUGGCAUCGCGCUACGAAUUUUUAGGCAUUCUUCCGUAUAAUUCCAAUGUUUUCUGUUAGUAUAUUUUUUUGAGAGAACAGUGAAGAUUCAUCUCACAUUUUUCGAUGCAAAUUUUCUCGUCUACAUUUGAAUAUCCAUGCAAGAACUUGUUAGGCAUGCAUCCUUGAUUUUCAUAUGCAUAUGCGUGCAUGCAGAAUUGAGUAAAAUGAAACUUCCUUUCGUAUUCGGUUUUUUAUUUUCUUUUGUACUACAAGAUUUGCCAUGUGCUGUUUACCUGAUGCUGUUAACUUUGGCAGUUUCAACUUGAAGAUGCUAUUGAGAAGGAAGACUUUGCUGAAGCAGCUAAGUUGAAGAUGUCCAUUACAGAGGCAACAUCAAAGGAUAUUGUAUCGGAAGUCAUGUCUGAACUGAAGGUGGGGUUCCUGAAUUUUACGAAUGUAACUCACUUGGUAUUCGUUUACAGUAUCAGAUUUAGAAUUUAAGUUUCAUUUUUUAUUUAUGCAGAAUGCAAUAAUCGAAGAGCGCUACCAUGAUGCUUCCCGACUAUCUCGACUGGCUGGAAGUGGUCUGGUGAUUAUCUGAUGGACAGAUUAUCUUUUUGGAAGUUUAUUUUAUUCUUGCGUUGUCUGUGAGUAUGUCGAUGACCUUAAACCAACUUGACAUCACUCUUGCACGAUUUAAAACAGUCAUGCGGCUUUAGUAUCUACAUAUUCCCAGAAAAAACAAAAAGAGUAAAAACUGCUACAGUUUCAUUUGGGAACAAUUGUAGAUAACGUAGUGAUGGAUCUUUCAACAAAUUUUUAGUUGUUUUCAUCCUUGAAUGGGUUGAUUGAGUUUUUUUUCUCUCCCUAUAUUAUCAACUACCACCCUUUUAAACUUCUGGGUGCUUCAUAAGUCAUCAUUCGCUUGCCCAAAGGACAUAUGGUACCAGUAGCAUACAUCAUUCCUUCUCCCGUUUGCUGGGACAAGAAUGGGAACAAGUGUUUUCUAGGACAGCACCAAGAUCAGAGUAUGCUUGUUUUAUUCUAGUGGGAGAAUAUAAAUUGUUUAGACUUUCUCAUACGGCAGUAUCUUGAUAUCCGAUUCUAUUUUGCUAUCUAGACAUCCAAAAAAUGGCCGCUUAUGCCUUUCUGACUGGCAGCCAAUUUUUUAAUUUUUUUUUAUGAUAAAUAUGGCACGGAGGUGGAGAAGCAGAUGCACACAACAGUGAAGAAUGGAAGUCAUUCCAUUUUUGAAUCAAUGGAAACUGGUCAAAUGUCAGAUAGAACUCUGCCAUUUGUAAGCCAUGAUUAUGGUUGAAGAAUUGGGGACGAUUAUAGUGACUCAUGCACUGAAAAGUCUUUUAUAAAUCAUUUUUAAUAUUCAGAAAAAAUUCAUAGAAACUAAGGUUGAAGAAUUUAAAGUUAUUUGUCUUUAUGACAUUAGGAACUGUUCAUAAUAGAGAUCAUGAGGAUGCUAUAUUGUUGUCUGCUAAAGAAGAGGAUGUAGAACAUACCUAUUGAAGCUACGAGGGAGACACAAUAGAACGGGUAAUGUUAAGUUAGCAAUGUGGGCUCAUCUGAGCUUUUAAGAUCUGCUUUUAAAUUGAAAGUAGCUACUCAUUGGCCUUAUCUGCUUUGAAUUGUCACGAAUGCCUUUUUGAUCAAUGCAGAAAGAGUUCCAUUACAAAUGCAGGUUCAUAGGUCAAAGUAACAAUAAGUAAGGCAGACAGAUGGAAAUUCGUGAAAAUAUGGCUACUUAAGUCUUUAAUGUGGUCUCAUUGAUAAAAUAUAUAGGAGACGUUGUUAUUACAAUGAAAGAACAUGAUAUCUUGUGAAUAGUUCUUCGCAGUAUAUCAUGAGAUCAAUAUACAAUCAAAAGAGGAUGGAAUAACUGGUGUCGCACAUUUAAUGGACCAUGGUUUUCAUAAGAUGAGUGUGCGACAUAAGGCUGUGCUAGUAGAAGGCUCCACAAGUAGAUUAGGAAAGACGAGCAAACUGUGCUCUAUGAAAGCAUAAAAAUGGUUUGUGAGUAGGAGGCAUGAAAGGAAAUAAAGCUAAAGUGUGACCUUGGUUAAGAAAUAAGACUAGUUGAUUGGGAACGGGGAGGGGAAACAAAUCCAAUAAGGCAUGAAUGUAUUUGAUCUUGACACACAUUAGGGUCCUGCUGUGUGUUAACAACUUAUUCAGAGAGCUAUAGGCACAAAAAUCAAAUUUAAUCCUCGCAUUGAUGGCCAGCUACAUGUUUAAUUUACUUGUGCUGUGCUAUAUAUUACAUGUUAACGUAGUCAAGAUUUUUGGGUCAGGGAGCUUGCUCUGUAUUGAGAGACAGUUUUAUGAUUGAGAACCACAGUCAAAUUCUAAUGGCUGAUGUGGGUUUGUCGUUGCGUUUUUGAAAAACGAUAUUUUUCUGUAGAAUGAAUAACUUGCCAUCAUUGUGAUCAUAAGGAUAUCCUCUGUCACCUGAAUCAUUGUUUAGUUUGAAUUGUCUUUUACUUGACAACCUUUGUGUGUCAGGUUUCAGUUUUUGCUGUUUUCUAAAUUUUCUUUAUUCUGAUGCAGGUUGGCUGGUGGGUAGGUUAUUCAAAAGAUGCUGAUGAUCCUUUUGGUAGAAUUGUACGAAUACAGCCUUCUGUAGGGAGAUUUGUGGGCAGGAGCUAUACUCCUAGGUAACAGUUUAGUAAUCUAAAUUUAUUGUAUUAAGCAGCUCUAACAUCGACUAAUCUUGUGCCAGACAAUUGCUUACUGGAUCUUCAGGCACCCCAUCUUUUGAAAUAUUUCUUGUCAAAGAUAGUGAUGGAAUGUAUGUUAUGCAGGUAUUGGACCCUUGCUAUCAUAAGUUCCUUCAAAAACAUUUCUUCAUUUUUUAAAUAUAUUCCUAGCACUCAUUUCUCCCAUUCAUUAUGACAGGUGGUAUUCUUACAGUCUACGAAAAUGAAUACAAAGGUAUCCCCAUCAAAAGUUUCAAAGUCUAAUGGACCAUCCUCGGUUGAUCUUGAGAGUUCAUCUACGGAAGGUGGUCCAACAAAUGAAGCUGGGGUGGAGGAGAUGAACAAUUAUGAUAAUUCAAAAAAUAAGGGGUCUAAUGAGGAAGGAUUGAAAACUGUCAUAAAUUUUCUUAAAGAAAGAAUUCCUGGAUUCAAAGUAAAAGUACUGAAUGUCAGUGGGACAGAGGAAAUUAAUGUGGAUGCAAAUUCUUUGGAGCAGUUGGUCCAGGAUGGCGAUGAUGAUAAAAUAGCAACUUCUGAAAGUUCUGAGGAUGAAAUUGGCAGUUCCAAGAAUGUUCAACAUGAAGUAGUUCCUGAUAGUGAAGGUACUGAUGUGAAUGAGGAAAGCAGGGACGACAGUACAUCUGUAAAGCUUUUUAUUGGUGGUGUUCUCCAUAACAAUGAAGAUGUCUCAUCAAACUCUUAUUUGCGGCUGCCAGCCGAAAUUAAAGAAGUAGCAAGAGAUUCCUUCAUACUAAAUAUUCCUGGAAAGAACUCUGAAUCUGAUAUAGCAGAGCGGAAACCAUCCAAAAUUAAAGUUAUGACGCUUGCUGCCCAAACAGCUCCGGAUCUUAUGCCGCCUGAAGUUGCCAAGGUGUUUUGGGGAACAGACAAGGCUAGUCCUAAGGUAAGACGAAUAAUUGUAGGGAUCUUAUUAGAUGAAAAAACAUAUAGAAUUUCGUGCAUUUUAUUUACAUAAGAACUGGUAUUCAAUGACUUUCUGCUUCAGAACUUCAUCCCCUCUAGGUUGUAUAGAUUUUCUAUAUUUGCGAAAGAUUUCAGAGAGAGAGAGAGAGAGAGAGAGAAAUGAAUGGGGCAUAUCCCUGUGUGAGUGACCGCCCUCUAUUUGACCUGAAUUUCUUAUACCGUGCUAAUAUUGUUAUGGCUAACUUAGCUCGAAAAUAGGCUAUAGUUGCACCUGCCUAUAGUUCUAGAAAUACUGUAGCAACAGUGAACAGAACAGUAUGAAACGAUUGACCAUUUGACAGUAACAAUUCCCCUCACAUUUAUACUAUACAAUGUGUCAGCUGCAAUUUUCUAGUCAGAUACAUACUAGCUACCAUGGCCAGAUUCAUAGAGGGAUUAUGGUCAUUUAGGCUGCAGAGUUUAAUAACAAGUCUCUGUUGUGAGCCUCUCAUCCACGGCACUCGAGCUCUACUCUGAUGUAUUAAAAGUUUUUAUUAUUUUUCUGCCAGAGCAUUGAAAUUACCAUUAUGAUGAGAUAGAUUAUUGCAGCUAUUGAUCUUUAGCAAGGAAUUCCUACCAAGUGCGGGUCAUCAUCUCUCUUAUAGUUUCCUAUAAUACAGGAAAUACUGUUUCAACAGUUAGAAAAUAGCAAUAAUGGAUUCAAUCUUUCAUGCUGACGAUAAGUAUUGCGACUCUCGUCUAUGUUUUAGCCUAGGAGUAUAGUGAUCUUUUGGAGAGUUAGGGAUCAACAUAGGUUACCUGGGUUAUCAUCUUAGACACUUCGAACGUCAAUGGGGCAGUUGAUAUAUCGUUUUUCACUUUUCAUACUUUUUGUUCUAAAAUAUGACAGCAGUUAUACUGGUAAAAAGUUUAGACCUGCGUGAAGAGAUAUAUAUGGACAAAUGACGACUGAAAUGGUUCCUGCCUGGUUCUCGAGGUCAGGAUGAUAAUCCGCCAAUGUCACUCAUGCUUUUAUGGUGCCAGCAGAAAUUAACUGUGAAGCCCAUAUCUGUGCUGAACCAUACAAAGGAACUAACUUUUAGCGUCUGUCCUUGGAUUUUCUGAUUUUAAUUUAUAAUAUGUUUUUCUUCUUUUUGAAGUAUAUUAUUCGGAGCUUAUUCACAUAUUUACCAUUUGGUAUGAUGUAAUAUAAUAACAUUUGUUAUGCAUUCCUUGGAGUUGUUUUUCUCAUGUCCAUCUGCAAGAAAAAAAAAUGGCUUAGAGAAUUCCACUUCGUCAUCUGAUUCUGCAGAACUCACGAACUUUAUAACCGAAUGCUAUUCAGUAUGUAGCUCGAUGUAUUAGAAAUAAACUCGGAGACGACUGAUUUACUGAACGUGAAUGAAUCUUUCUCCAGCCUUCGAAAGAUGUAAGGGAUGUUAUUAAGUUGGCAGUCAGUCAGGCUCAGAAAAAGGGCAGACUCCCGAAGACCACAUCAUUCAGUAGGAUUAUUGUUAACAAUGAUAGUCUGGAUCCCUUUGAUGGUAAGUCAAACUAGUUAAUUUUCCAAUGCUUUUGCCCAAAAAAAUAGACUGAAGGAGAGUCAUUAUUGAAAUGCAGGCUUAUAUAUUGGAGCCUUUGGUCCGUAUGGUACAGAGGUAGUGCAACUUCAGCGUAAGUUUGGUCACUGGAAUGAGACAGAUGAAACUACAGCCAGCACAGACAUUGAAUUUUUUGAGUACAUCGAAGCAAUGAAAUUAACUGGUGAUCUAAAUGUCCCCGCUGGGCAGGUUAGUGUAUAAAGCUAGUGACUGGCAUGGUAGCAUACCACAGCACCUUCUCAGUCACGACACUAUGGUUUUUUUUUUUCCUUGAUCAGGUCACAUUUCGUGCCAAAAUCGGCAAGGGCAGCCGCCUUACAAACAAUGGGAUAUAUCCAGAGGAACUUGGCGUGGUAAUCUUUUGCUGUUAAUUUUUAUUUUGACCUAAACCGGUAUUUCUCUUCUUAUUUGACCUAUUGUCCUUAGUAGAGACCGGCUUUCUUCUCUUUUUUUCCAUUUAAAUUCACAUCAUACCUAUUAGUGGUUGUACCAACAACUAAAUUAAAAAUGAAGAAUAAAUGCCGAUAGUGAGUUCUUUUAGUACAGAAUAGAUUUGGGCAGGACAGCUAGGGGUGCAUGCAGGGGACUAGAUAAUGUGUAUUUUCCUUAUACCAGUUAAAAUCGGCCAAUAAUGGGUUUUUUCUUAUUUCCGUAGCGUUUUAGGAAUGUAUGAUUACAUCAAUGAAAAAUCAAAGAUGGUUACUUCUGCCUCUCUAUGCUCCUCGAGUAUAAGAUGACCCACCCCUGCUCUCACCAGAAGUUGUCAUAAAGAAAACGCACUGUAGGUUCCAUCCAACUCAUCGACACACCACUUCUGCUAAUCCUGUUUGGGAUGUGACAUUUUGGUAAGUCGUUUUAUAAUUAUCCAAAGUUUCUUGGUAGAUGCCUUCGUUAUUGAAGGUUUUCCUAUGGAUAUUGAUCGUCAUUCCCUGUCCUCUGGCCAAGAGAACAUUGCCUGGAGCAAAGCUGAGGUUCUUCAGUGAUGGCUGAAGGCCCAUGAACUGUACUAAGAAAUAGGGUUCACUUUGUGGAAACAACACCCAUGACCGAUCAUCUCUGAAUCUCUGGUCUCCCUGCACCAUGGAGUUAUCACUUAUACCAACACCUUGUAUAUUCCCUUGAUCUUGUUCUCCAGUAGUGAAUUUCGUUCAAACAUCUCUAACCCAUCAUCUUCUAUGAGUUCCCAUGAACCACAGACUACUUACGGUAAUAUCGGCAGAUGACGUCACGAUUCUCAUUCCCAUUUGUUAUGAAAGAGGAAACAAAAACCGGAGUUACUAGAGUCCACCCUCAUCUAUUUAUAUACUGAGAGAGAGGGGGGCCCGCAUGCAAAAGGCUUAGCAUGAUAAACGUAUUAGCAUGAUAAUGGGCCCAAUGGACUCACAUAUUAGCAUGAUAAUGGGCCUAUUCUGAUAUACUUCCCCAUGUUCUUGCCCGGUGGAUAAUCUCAUGCUGAUCUGUGAGCUUGUCUCUGGCCUCAGGCCGGGAGAACCUCCAUUACAUUGUUUCUAAACUCUCCUCAACCUUGGAAAUGGGUGAAUAAUAUACUGAAGAUAGAUUGGCCAGCACCUGUCUGAAAGUCAAUACCAUCCCGUUAAAAGGGCAGGUUUUAUUCGGAUCUAGAUUGGCGAGAUAUACCGGCCAACAUUGUGUAGAAUUUCAUUAAAAAUAAGAUAAUUACCAUUUAAAACGGUAUUUAUUACUCUGUUAUUUUGAAGGAUAUAAACGUGUAUAAGAUUCAUUGAACGAAUUAUCGGAAUAUAGCAACGCAAUUGAUUAUCAUAAUUAUUAUUUUGCAAUUUUUGGAUGCAGAUUGCGCGUUACAAAGGACAGGGGAGGAUAGCAGAAGCCGGAUUUCGGAAUCCCCAAUGGGUUGAAGGAGAACUGCUCCAGCUUAAUGGGAAGGUAAACGUCAACCAGUUUCCAGUCACUCUUUCAAACAUUUCAACGUUUCAUGAUCUUUUUAUUCUCCCCCUUACCUAAAGUGGAAUGAUUACCUGCUGAGAACAAUAUCCUACAUUCCGUCCCAAAUAUUAUUUAUUAAUAAUAUUAAUAUUAAGAUUAAUAUUAAUAUUAAUUACUGCAUUCGGCCUUCGGUGGUUUCUGAUUUAAUUCGAUGUAUCAUGCAUAAAACCAAGAGUGGGUUCCGUCCCAAACCUCUAGACUCUGCACCGGAAUUGCCGCCGGCUUAGUUACCAAUCGCUGAUAGAAUCAUCGAUGAUCUUGCUGUGAAAGAGAAAUCAGAUAGGGUCAACCCCUGCUCUCACUGGCCUUAACAUCCGUUGACAUUUUCAGGGAAUGGGGCCGCACGUGAGAGGCGCGGAGCUCGGGUUCCUCUAUUUGGUCCCCGAUCAAAGCUUCUUGGUUCUAUUCGACAGGAUGAAGCUCCCUGACUAG